AUGGCGGCCGUGGCGGCCGUGAUGGCGGGCUGGGGUGGUCCCAGCGGAGCAAGAGCCGUACCUAUGCAAGAGCAAAAUUCUAUAGAUCUGAUAGAAGAGAAUUAUGUUUUUGGCAGUAUCAAACAUGAAGUUACCGUUUACGUUAAGGUGUUCACAAACAGCCCGUUUCUGGUAUGCAUGGAUUUGGCUCGUUCUCAUGAAGAACUAAUAGAUCCCAAGUAUUCGUGGGUUGGUCCAGAUGGAAAAAGUUUAAAAGGGCAAAAGUAUGUGAAUCUGACAGAAACAGGAAAGCUGAUGGUGAUGGGUUUCAAGGAGUCUAUGUCUGGAGCCUACACUUGCACUCUUUCUCACAAAAUCAUAGAAACUACGACACAAGAAGAAAGAGAAAUGUCUGAGGCAUAUCAUUUUAUGGUGUAUGCAUACAGAGAAGCUGACCAUGCAUAUCGGGUACUUGUUCGCUUUACUACAAGGGAAUGCAAGCUAACAGCUAACGACCUCUUCUUUGAGGAACUAAAGAAAAUCUUAAACAACAUCAUCUCUGAUCUGAGGUGUCACAUCGUAGAGCCCUCCUGCAAAUGCCAUUCUGUCAGGCUCCCAGAUCAAGGCCUCCGGCACGAACUGUUUGUUAGAUUUCAAGUAAGUCCUUUUGCACCAGGAUGGAAAGAAGUUUGCCACCAGGUUCCUUAUGAUUGCGAAGACGCGACAAACAUGAGAGUUCGAGAGGCAAGAGAUAGAAUUGGGGAGUUUUUCCAUAAGCAGACAUAUGCUUUGAAGCACCAGCUCCGAAUUAUCCCUACAAUUCACUACGUGGACAGCAGCUUCUCCGUGAUUCGCAUCGACAGCUGUCAACCAGGGUUUGGGAAAAACGAUAUCACCCACAGGAACUGCGCCAGUUGCUGCGUGGUUUGCAGUCCCGGAACUUACAGCCCUAACAACGAGGUGACCUGCCAGAUUUGUCCAAAAUCUCAAGUCAAAGUGUACGGAGCAACAUCUUGCUAAUAAACUGACGACAGAAAUUGGGAAACCGACGAGCAGCUGUGAAAGCGCUCUUGGGUUUGUGAUGUUCUUUUCGUUUUUAGCUGCCAAAUUCUGGAGUCCUACACGCCU